AUGCCGAAAGAGGGGGGGCUGCGCGAGCCCCUUGUCAGGGAGGAGGUGUCCCCGCGGCGAUCCUCGGCGCCCGCAGCUCCCUCGAAGGCACCUGGCCGGCUGCGUGUGCGCUGCCUGGGCGCGCGUGACGUCCAUCCGUUUCAGGUGCAGAUCUUCGGACAAGGCGCCACUUACGAUCCUUACGCCAUUCUAUGCAUACGCCGGGCGGUGGGAGACCGCUACCAGAAGAGCCGAAAGCGCUGCACACAUUCCUCGCAAAAGACCCGGCAUCCAUGCUGGCGCGAGGAGUUCUGGUUCACGCUUCCUACCUGCCCUUGGGAAGCCGAGUAUGUUCUGGAGGUGACCAUCUUUGGCGCGGGCCAAGGCAGGAAGCAAGAUGAGUUUUUGGGUUACGCCGAGCUGCCGCUGGCCUCUGUUCAGUCCGAAGAGCGGAUGGUGGAGGAGUUGUCUUUGGGGCCGCCCAUGGGCUCGACCGGCUCCUCGGAGACUGAAGGGCGUGUCCGCAUCGAGCUGAUGUGGGAAUCUGCGUGCCCCAAACAUCAAGAUGCCUUCCUGCUCUUUUUCUCGCGCAGCCUGAACACAGUCAUGGGCUUGCGGUUCUUCAGCAUUGCAAUCCUCGCCAUAGCAGGCCUUCUGCUGAUGGUGGCGCAGGGUUCUCGCUGGCUGUGUUCUGGCCACACCUUUGCGGACUGCAAAGAGGUGGAGGUCCCUGGCGCGCGCGUGGCCGCGGUUCUUGGGUCGAUGUCUGCCAUAGCUUCGGGCAUCACCAACUUCCUGGGCUCCGCGGGCUUCUUCGGAUCCUCCUGGCGGGAAGGUGCGCCAAUGUCCUUACUGGAUGACGUGCAGUCCGGCUACGUCGAUCAUCAGGACGAUCUCGCCCCAUCGGGGUGGAGGCGGCAUGCGGCUCCCACGCUUCAGCUUAAGGUCGAGCAAAAGCACCUCUUUGUUUGGGACGUGUCCGUCAUGGCUGCGGACAUUUGCCCAGUCCUGCGCUCGGCUGUUCAAGCAUGA